AUGUUAUAUAAAACUCAGCUCUGUUCAUUUUAUGCUAAGGGGAUAUGUGCUCGAGGAAAUAAAUGUAGUUGGGCUCAUGGGCAAUCAGAUGUAAGGCCUAUGCCAAAAUUUUAUAAGACUAGAAUGUGCUACACAUUUCUAUCAGGCAGUUAUUGUGAAGCGUCAAAAUGCACAUUCGCCCAUACUGAAGAAGAAUUAAGAGGCUCUGGAAAAGCUUUGAGACUGUGUACUAAAUUUUUCUUGGAUGGUUAUUGUAGUAAAUCUGAUAAGUGUCCUAUGGCUCAUCAUAUUAGUCAAUUGGACCCUUCUGUAAAAUUUACGGCAAGCGAAUUAAUGAACAGAAUGUAUAAUAAUGAAGAAACGUCAUGUUAUAAAGAUAAUGAGGAUACACAAGAAAAUGAUGAUGAUAAUAAUAUAUAUUUUAAAAAUGAUACAUACAAGAAUGAAGAAAAUAAUGUUGAUAUGGAUUAUAAUAUGGUGAACAAUUUUAAUGAUAAUAAUUUAAGAGAUUCUAAAAAUAAUUACAAAAAUGUUAAUAUGGAUAGCAAUCAAGAAAUUGAAUAUGUGACAGAAAUUAAGGUUCCUCAAAAUAUUGGCAAACUCAUUAUGAAUGAAAACGAUAAAUAUGAUGAAUACAUUUUAAAUCAAGACAUCUGCAAAAUAAAUAAUAUAAAAUCUUGUGAAUAUUAUAAUAAAAUAAAUGAAAAUAUCCAUUCCAAUGAUUAUAUUUUAAAUGGUGAUAUUGUAGAUGAAAGAGAAAAGAAAUCUAACCAAGAAUAUGUAUACAAUAAAAAUGGAGAACCUAUUGAUACAUAUGACAAUUAUGAAACUUGUAAAAAUUAUAAGAUUAUGAAUAAAAAUAGAUUUAUAAAUAAUGAAUAUUAUAAAAAUACUAUUGGUACCAUAGAACAGAAUAUACAAAAUGUAGAAGGUACAAAUUAUGUAGGUAGUAAUUGCCUAUCUACUAAUUGUGUAGGUCACUGUUUGGGUAAUCAUUGUUUUGGAAAUCAUUGUGUAGGUAAUAAUUGUUUGGCUAGUAAUUGUUUGGCUAGUAACUAUUUGGCUAGUAACUGUUUGGCUAGUAACUAUUUGGCUAGUACAUGUUUGGCAAAUAAUUGUUUCAAUAACAAUUGUGUAACAAAUAGUUGUAUGAGUAGCAAUUGUAUGAGUAAUAAUUGUGUGACGAAUAAUUGUAUGAAUAAUAAUUAUUUGAAUAAUAAUUAUAUGAAUAAUAAUUGUAUGGGUAAUAAUUAUUUGAAUAAUAAUUGUAUGAGUAAUAAUUAUUUGAAUAAUAAUUAUUUGAAUAAUACUUGUAUGGGUAGUCAUUAUAUAAGAAACCACUGUGUAGGAAAUAAUUGUAUAGGGAAUAAUAUAUAUUCUGGUGGUUAUAAUUCAUUACGUAAUUAUAUAUCUAAUAAUAAUAAUAUGAAUAAUAUGAACAGUAUGAAUAAUAUGAAUAAUAUGAAUAAUAUGAACAGUAUGAAUAAUAUGAAUAAUAUGAACAGUAUGAAUAAUAUGAACAGUAUGAAUAAUAUGAAUAAUAUGAAUAAUAUGAACAAUAUGAAUAAUAUGAACAAUAUGAAUAAUAUGAAUAAUAUGAACCAUAUGAAUCAUAUGAACAGUGUGAAUAAUGUGUAUAAUUAUAGCAAUGUUAAUAAUUUAAAUAAUAUUGACAAUAUGAAUAAUUCAAGAAAAAUGAUACAACAUAAUAUAUCAUCUAAUAUGGGUUGUACUAUGAAGAUAAUAAAUAAAGGAGAAAAAAAUGAUAUACAUAUAUGUGGAGAGAAAUAUAUAUAUAAUAACAUAAAACAAAAAAAAGAUACGUUAGAAAAUUGUCUUCAUGAUGAGCAUGUGGUUACAUAUGAUAACUGUAAACAUGUCUUAAGUAAUAUAUAUCAUGAAAAUAAUGUUGUUCAUUUUAAUAAAGGAAAUGAGAGUAUAGAAAUGUUGGAAGAACUAAAUAAUAACAACAAUAAUAACAACAACUACAAUAAUAACAACAACUACAAUAAUAACAACAACUACAAUAAUAAUAACAAUUACAAUAAUAACAAUUACAAUAAUAACAACUACAAUAAUAAUAAUAUUAUACAUUAUUCAUACAAUAAUCAUAAUGAUUUUAGUGAUAAUAACAGACAAGAUAAUAUUAAUGAUGAUAAUAAAGAUAUUAAUAAAAAUAUAGACAUGAGUAAUAACUGUUUUUAUUAUCAUCAUUGUUAUAACAAUAUAUCUAAUGAAAAAAACAUUUACAAUAUUGACAAGAAAAAUAUAGAAAAAAAAAAUAAUACAAAUGAAAAUAUACAAAUGAAUAACUUAAUAUAUAAUAUGAGUAAACUCUCCCUUAAUAAUAUAAAUAAUCAUGUGAACAACAAGAAUAGAAGAUUAACUACAUGCUUGCCUAUAGUUCAAAAAACAAUGAAUACUUCUUACAAUAUUAAUAAUAAGAAUAGUGCAAACCAUAUACAUAACAUGUUAAAUGUAAACAUACAAGAAGAUGAACAGUGUGAAAUAAAUAUGGCUACAAAUAUAGAGCAUUAUAAAGAAAAUAUACCUAAUAAUAAUCAAUAUAAUAAUAAUCAUAAUUAUUAUUAUUAUAAUAAUUAUCAAUAUAAUACCUCAGAGGGUGAUUUAAAAAAAUAUUUUAUUUUAAAUAAUAAAUAUUUAAUAGAAAAUGCAAAUAAAUAUAACAAUCAAUAUAUUAUAUCAAGAAAUUGUAGUGCAACUAUAAAUGAUAAUUUUAUGAAACAACAUGAGAUGAAGAAUGAUUAUGUGGAUAACUAUGAAAUGAAUAAUAAUUACAUAAAUAAUUAUCAUAUGGGUGUUCAUUCUAAUAAUUCGCUUAACGCAUUCAACAACUUGAAUGACGUUGAAAGGAAUGACAACAUGGAGGUAUCAAAAUCGGUUGCAGAAAAUAUCCAAAGGAGACAAAUGAAUGAUAUUAAUGAUAUUAAUGAUAUUAAUGAUAUUAAUAAUAUGAAUGAUAUGAAUGAUAUAAAUAAUAUUAAUAGUAUUAAUAAUAUAAAUAAUAUUAAUAGUAUUAAUAAUAUUAAUAAUAAUAAUUUACUAUUACAAAAUAUAAAAGGAACUGAACAUGUUCAUAAUGUUGAUAAUAUGUAUAAUAAUAUAUCUAAUCAUAACAAUAAUUACAUGUGUGAUUGUGCUGAUGUUUCUAAUAUGAAAGAGACAGAAAUUAUGAACACACAAGAGAACAUAAUAAUUAAAUAUAAGAAAAUUCAUGCAAAUAAUUUGUUGCAUGACAAUAAAAUGAUAAAUGGAAAGGAGGCUACAAGAAAAAAUAUGAGUAACAUAAUAAAUAAUAAUGUUAUAUUAAAUAACUGUUCGAAGAAGGUGUGUAAUAAUGAUUUCGAUGAUGAGAAGGACAAACAUUUACAACAUGAGUGGAAUAAUGAAGAGACAAUAUUAAAUAAUUAUAAUGAUACUAUGGAUAUUAGUAGAUGUAAAAAUAAACCUAAUGAGCAUUAUGCAGAUAAAUGUUGUGAUAACGAUGAUGUAAUUUAUUCUGACUUUUCACAUAAAAAAAAUAUGUAUACUAUAAAGGAUAAUCAUAUAAAUUAUAUGAACAGAAAAAAUGAGAGCCUACAUGACAAUAUGAGAAUAAAAAAUAUGAAGAAAAAUAUGGAUGAAGACUUUAUUUGUCCUAACGGUUAUAGUAGUAGUAGUAAUAAUAAUAAUAAUAAUAAUAAUAAUGAUGAUAAUUAUAAUAAUAAUAAUGAUGAUGAUUAUAAUAAUGAUGAUUAUAAUAAUGAUAGUUUUUUAAGUGAUGAUUUACAUUGUAAUAUAAAAAAAAAGCUAGAAAGAAACAAUAUCGAGAUUAAUAAAAACUAUGUUCACUUACACAACAUGAAAUAUGGAAAUAGAGAAAAUCAAAUAGACAAUAUUGAUAAUUAUAAUGAUAAGGAUAAUAUAUUAGAAAUAUAUAAUAUAAAUAAUAAAAUGACUGAAGGUAAUAAAUAUAUGAAUAAUAAUGAGAGUAUAGGAUAUAAGAGUACAAAAAAUUCUCAUGAGAGUUAUUCAUAUAAUAUAUCUGUUAAUAAAGUGGAUAAUAAGAAUAUGGAUACACAAGAGGGUAAAUGUAAUAUAAACAAACCAGAUGUAUAUAGGAAUGAAGAAAAUAUAUAUUUAUGUGUAGAUAAUAAAGUAAAUGAAGAAAGGGUUGAUAAAAAUUGUAGUGACCAAAUAAGUGAUACGAUAAAUAACAAGAUGAAGAACAAAAUAAAGAAUAGAUUAUUAUAUGAUGAGAAGUUUGAAAAUAAUAGUGAUCCUACAUAUUUUUUUGACGAUUAUAAUAAAUCUGUUGCUUCUUCUUUAGAUAAAUAUAAUUAUUUGAAUUAUAUAGAAAAUACAAAAAAUAAUUGUAUGACAAAUAAUAAUUUGGAUAUAUAUGAAUUUUCUUAUAAAAGUGAAGGCAGUUUAUCAAAUGAUAUAUAUGACAAUGAAGAGCAUAUAAUUCAUACAAGAAGAAAGGAUUCUUUUAAUAGUAAUAGGGAAGGUGAGAAAAUGAACUGUCAAUAUGAUGACAAUAAUGAUUAUGAUAAUAAUGAUUAUGACAAUAAUGAUGAUGACAAUAAUGAUUAUGACAAUAAUGAUGAUGACAAUAAUGAUGAUGACAAUAAUGAUGAUGACAAUAAUGAUUAUGACAAUAAUGAUUAUGACAAUAAUGAUGAUGACAAUAAUGAUGAUGAUAAUAAUGAUGAUAAUAAUGAUGAUGACAAUAAUGAUGAUGACAAUAAUGAUGAUGACAAUAAUGAUGAUGACAAUAAUGAUGAUGACAAUAAUGAUGAUGAUAAUAAUGAUGACAAUAAUGAUGAUGAUGAUAAUAAUAGCAAACAUAGUGUUAAGAGUUAUAAUCCUUUAACUUAUAGUUUUAGUGGUUUAUGUGAAUGCUUGAGUAAACAAGAUAAUAUUUAA